UCGACAGCACGCGCUACCUUGCUCUAGAGCAGACAUGGACGCACAGGCAGCUCCAGCCUCCGUUCUCCAGCUGAGCAUCUUCACGACGGUGAAGUCCAUCCCUCGGCCGGAGCGCUACGCCGACUUCCCGGUGACGGUGCGCCUGGUGGCUCCGGGGAAGGAGCAGACUGUUCGCGCCCCGAUCGACAUCGUCGCAGCGAUCGAUCGGAGCAGGAGCGUUAACGACGACCACAGGCUGGAGGAGGAGAAGGCCGCCGUGGCACUCCUCAUCCGCAUGCUCUUCCCUACUGACCGCCUCGCCAUCGUGCCGUUCGAUGAUGGUGUCGCCCAUGAUGAGGAGGAGCUCGUUCUCAUGUCCGCCGAAGGCAAGCAGAAGACCCGAAGCACGCUGAAUUCGCUGAAGAUCGGGAACGGUACCAGGUUGUCCAAGCCCCUAGAGAGGGCCGAGAAGAUCCUGAUGGGCCGUGGCGACGUGGACCGUCCGGCGUUCAUCAUAUUGCUGUCGGACGGCGGCGACACGACCAUACUAGAGGAGAAGGAGUGGACAAGAACCAGCACCAGCGUGCUCGCGCACCCAGCGUACCCGGUGCACACGUUCGGCUUCUCGGGACACAACGCCCAAACCAUGGGCUACAUCGCCACCAGGACGAAAGGGACCUACACGCCCGUCGACGGCGCCGGAGGUGCCGGCAAGUUCUCCAGGACGGUCGCGGGCCUGAUGGACAAUGCCACGUCCCGGCUGUUCUCCGCCGUCGGCGUCGGCGCCGAGCUCGCGGCGGUGCACCCAGGCGUGUCGCUCGCAAGGAUAGAGUCCGGAGAUAGCAAGGCUACCAUCGGCGGCGACGCUAGGUCCGGCGCCGUGGACGUAGGCGCCAUGAGCGCUGGCGAGACGCUGGAGUUCACCGUGUACCUUGACGUGCCGGAAGGCGACGCGGACGUUGAGACCACCGAGGUGCUGUCCGUCGGCGGGGCGUACACGCAGGGCUGGGACGGGGAGCGUGUUAAGAUUGACCCUUCCGUGGUGUCGGUUGAAAGACCGGUGCCGCCGCAACCAGAGCCAGAGCCGACGCCGACGCCAGAGCCCCAGCCCACGCCAGAACCGGAGCCGACGCCGACGCCAGAGCCCCAGCCCACGCCAGAGCCGGAGCCGACGCCGACGCCGAAGCCAGAGCCAGAUUGCUGCAAGGUGCUGGACCUGAUCGAGGAGCGGCUCCAGUACUGGUGCAAGGUGAAGUCGGACCUGGCGGCGAUGUACGAGAAAGCAGAGGCCGAGGCGGUCGGCGGCGACUGCAAGUGCCAGUGCCAGGUCUCGGCGGUGCUCCGGGAGUCGUCGCUCGAGUCCGUCAACCGAGCAAUGUACCAGGACAUCUACACUGCCGUGCUUCACGCAAUCAAGCUGAGGGAGUGCAGCACCGGAACGGCGACCGAGCACGGAUGCGACGGCGCGGACAAGGCGGUCACCGUGAGUACCACCGAGGCGGCGUAGCUCCAGAAAUGCACCCGAUUGAUGAGGAAUUCGGUCCAUGGCAAUGAUCUGGGUGAUCAAAUUAAUAAUGUGGAAUAAGUUAUCCUGUUGGAAUGAAUAAUGUCGCCAUCUCAGUCCAUGGCAUACGAUGUGUUCUGGGCGUACUCUUGUCUGUGAUGGAUUUAUACU